AUGGGAGCUAAGGCAUCGAAGCUAUCAAAAGACGACCUGCAGAGUCUCAAACAGUCGACGUACUUCGACCGGAGGGAGAUCCUGCAGUGGCAUAAGGGGUUCCUGCGCGACUGCCCCAACGGACAGCUGACUCAGGAGGAGUUCGUGAAGAUAUACAAGCAGUUCUUCCCCUUCGGAGCGCCGGAGAAAUUUGCAGCGCAUGUGUUUUCGGUGUUCGACAAGGACAAUAACGGGACGAUCGACUUCAAGGAGUUCAUCACGGCGCUGAGCACGACGUCACGCGGGACGCUGGAGGAAAAGCUGGUGUGGGCGUUCCAGCUGUACGACCUGAACCACGACGGAUACAUCACGUACAAUGAGAUGCUGACGAUAGUGACGAGCGUGUACAAGAUGAUCGGGUCGAUGGUUAAACUGAGCGAGGACGAGGCGACGCCGGAGCUGCGCGUGAAGAAGAUCUUCAAGCUGAUGGACAAGAAUGAGGACGGUUACAUAACGCUGGACGAGUUCCGUGAGGGGUCCAAGGUGGAUCCAUCUAUUUUGAGCGCACUGAACCUAUACGAUGGUUUGGUGUGA